AUGGAAUUGUCGCGACAAGAGUAUCCGGCGAUUGUGCCCUCGUUAAGCCCUACCCAUGCUUCAUCCGUCCUUACCGAACGCAUACGAUUAAUUAACAAGAUAAAUUCAGAUAUUGCGGACUGGCUUUCGGAACGGCGACGAGUGGAAGAUGCAUAUGUUUUGGGUCUUCGGAGGCUCGCGCGACGGCCACUGCAAGAUGGUUCCGCAGCGUUGGGAGUUUUUCAAACUCCCUGGCAACGCAUCCUUGCUGCUACUGAAAUUUUAGCCGAAUCCCAUGAGACCCUUUCGCAUGCAAUCGAGGUGGACGUUGAGCGACCUUUGAAGGAAUAUGCUAGCAGGAAUAGUGAUAUGAAAUCCCUCUCAACCAUGCAGCAGGAACUAUCGAAUCUGGCCAAGGAAGUUGAAUCUGCGAAGAAGAAGGCCGACAAAUUAAAGGACAAGGGUCCGAAGGCUGCUGCGAAAAACUCGAGUGCCGUUUCCGCUGCGCAGGAGAUGGCGCAACAAUGGGAAUCGAGAGCGCCUUUUGUCUUUGAACAGCUCCAGGCUGUUGACGAACACCGCCUGAACCACCUCAGAGACCUUCUCACCCAGUACGAGACUCAUGAGUCAGAUCAUAUCGAAAGAACAAGACGAUCCACUGAGAGUUGCCUUAACGCGCUAUUAAACGUUCAGACCGACGAAGAGAUCAGGGCGUUUAUGACAAAGGUAACGGGUGGAAGGGCCCUUGUAUCGAGAACAUCGAAUGCUCCUGCGACUACUUCACCCCCAUCAUCUAGGCCGGAUCCAGUGGCAGUAGCAGCAUCAACAGCCGCAGGGCCUUUACCUCCGCCUCCUAGAAUUCAUGACGAUGCGUCUAGCGAGCGUUCCGGUCGGUCGAAUCAAGAUAGACUUGGCCCUGCACCAGAGCCAGUUGGUCAUAUGAGGCUUGGUGGCCUGAAGCGAUUGGGUACUGUCAUGGGCCGAAGAAAGAGCGUUGUACAUCAUUCAACUGGGAGCGCAAGUUCUCCAGAGAGGAAAUUCCGGUCUCCAUUCACGGCGUUCCGAAAACCGGAAGCGACUCGAAAUUUUCACCCAGUCGAUAUGCAGCCUAACGCUGGCGAUUAUCUAGCGCCUAUUUCUUCGAGGGAUGAUCCGUCACUGCGCCGUCCUGCUUCCUCGCCUCGAGGGACGGCUCGCAGCGAGUCGAUUUCAGCGUCGCAUCAGCGACCAGCGACCCCCAACGGUGCUGUCUCUCCCGAUGAGAAAACCGAACAAGAGAUUCCCUCGAAGGAGGUCAACUCCACGGACCAAGCGUCAACCCCAGCCCAACCCCCUAAGAUAGACGUUGAGGGAUAUUCCGAACGGCCAGAUAGUCUUGACGAAAUAUCUCGAAUUCAAAGAGAAGCUGCAGCCACCGAAGAGCCCGGUCUUAACCUCACCAUCCGUGAUCAACCUAUCGAGGAGGACGAAAGCGAAGCGAAAAUGGCUCUGAACGAGGUGGCGAAUACCUUGCGAUUGAAAGCACAGCAAUCAGGCCUAUCUCGUGGGCUUGGAACAUUGCGUGGGCGUCGAGACGUUAGAAACACCAUUUUUGUCCCAAACCAACCCGGCGAAGAUUCAGGCUUGGGCCCAGUUCCUGGCCUAGUUGCUGGACCAGCUCCUGUCACGCCAUCGUAUACUCCUAGGACUGUGACAUCUCCUGGAAGUCACGAUGACCAUACCUUGUCCGAUACAACAUCAAUCAAUUCAUCACAAACUCUCCAUAGUCUCUCUGGGCCCGUUUCACAUCCUGAUAUGCCCGAACCUGGCCUCAACGCAUCCAUCGUGGAAACGGUCAGCGCUUGGUUUUCUGACGGCGUAGUGACCCGUUCCUUCGUCGUGGGAGAAUUGGCUCUGACGUAUAACUCGACCGUCAACGCCCCUUCUGAUCCUACGCUUGUCCGCCUAAAUAAUUUCCACAUUUUAGAAAAGGUUGCGGCAAACCCUGUCCUCGCUACAGAAGCCGGAAAUUCCUUAAAAGGCAAGGAGAAGGAAAAGGAGCUCGGCGACGAGGAAAGGAAAGGAGAGUAUCUGAUAUCGCUUCCAACUAUCGCACGUCCGACUCCUACGGUUGCUUUUAAAUAUCAAGUACAUCUCGAUCCUUCUAAUUUAUCCGCCUAUUCCCCAGUCAUAUUUAACCCUGUUUGGAAUUUGGAAGAAUUCCAAGCCAGCGUUAUCAUUACUUACUCAAUCAACCCCAACUUCGUUUCUGCAAUGCCAUCCACACGUAUCACACUUCAGAAUCUUGUUCUCACUGUCAACCUGGAUCUAUCCCCGCAAGAAGACGAAACUACCAAACAGCCUCGAGAAGUUGCUCGGGCUACGGGAGCAGUUAUGUAUCCAAAUACCGGCGCUACAUUCCGCCGCAAGAUAUCAGCCGUAACAUGGAAACUACCAGAGUUGGAAAUAGGCGGCGAAGGCGACCAACGAUUCCUCGCUCGAUUUUCAACCACAGUAAGUGGGCCCCGAAAGGGGAAAGUCGAUGCCAAAUUCGAUGUCAUGAAUGCCAACAGUGGGGAAAGAUUGGGUAUCAGUGUUCAAAAUUCUACCAGCGAGCAGAAGGAGAAGAAGGCUGACGACCCCUUUGCCGAUGAGUCUCUGGUGACGAGUAAUGGGGCGACUUCACCUGAACACUUGCCCACCUCGAAGACAUGGGAAGAAGUGUCCACACGACGAAAACUGGCAGCUGGGCGAUAUACCUCUGUUGAUUAAAAAAAAUCCUACAUUCUUUUCUUUUCUUUGUUAUUUUUUUCUGUAUCAAAGCUAUUUGUUCCGUUUCGCCAAUGCCGAGAUUCAGAAUGAGCGACAUGAUCGUCUUCAACAUGUUUCGCCGUACGAAACCGUCCUUCCCACUAUCAUGUGCACAUCGUUGCAGCAAAACUAUUUUUUGUCCGGAAAAAUCUCCUUUGAUCGAGGAUACAAAUCCUAAUCGUAAAACCACCGAGUGAUGUAGGAAAUUUUGCAUCCUUCGGGAGAGAAUCGGGUUUAACGGAAAGCAUAUUGGACGGAACAAUAAAGAAUUCCCCUCAUACCCCUGUUUUUGUUUAAUGCACAUCAUCACGCAUUUGAGCCACGAUAUUAUCCUCUGGUUAUACUUUUAUUCUUUGGCUUUUUAUUCCCUGGUUUUUCUCUCCUUUCCUUUCCUUUCCUUUCCUUUUUGAUUUUCGGCUUGUCACUUUUGAACUUGCUAAAGCAUGAAGAUUUAAUUUGAGUAAAAUUAAUCUUGAACUGCCACUUUCUUGGGCCAUUUCUCACCAUCCCCUCUUUUCCCUCCACCAUUCUUGGAAAAACACAAAACAGGCCACGGUCCUGAUAUUUUCUACAUGGUUUC